ACAGCUCGGUCACAGGAGCCAAAUGCUAUUCAGCGUGUGUCGACUCUAGAUCAUCCUAAGAUUCAUACGUCCGCGCAUCAAGUCGAUCACCUUUCUCAUUUCGAUGUCACAUUUAACCUGCGUGACAAAAACCAACGAAUAAAACUAGAAUUAGAACCGAACCAUGAUAUUCUAGCGGAAGACGCAUAUGUACAGUACCUAGACCGCCAUGGAAACAUUCAACGUGAAGAGCCAAUCGAGCGACAUGAACACAAGGUCUUCAAAGGCCGUGCGUUGGUUGGGAGGGGCAAAGGCAUGUGGGAUCCUGUAGGAUGGGCCCGGAUAUACUUGAAAAAUGACGGGCUACAGCCUCUAUUUGAAGGAGUCUUCAGCAUCCACGACGAUAAACAUCAUGUCGAGUUGAAAUCAACGUACCUGCAAAACAAACGUCAGCAAGAUGUGGGCAUCCCAGACCGGAAAGGUGAAUACAUGGUCUUCUAUCGAGACUCCGACAUGAUCCGGGAACUACAUACCGACUUAAAGCGCUCACUCCCCGUUUCCUCCUCGUGCCAAGCCGACAAACUUAGCUUUAAUGCCGACCCAAGUCACCCGAUUCUCCAAGCCGAGGAGGACAUGAGUCAAUGGGGUGCGAUGUCUCUGAAUUCGCUGUUCGGACUUAGCAAGCGGCAAUCUGACACUGGGGGUGUGUCGGGCAACAGUGGUGGUGUGAGCUUGAAGUCGACCAUUGGUGAUACGUCUGGUUGCCCCGACACCAAGAAAGUCGCGUUGAUCGGUAUCGCUACAGACUGUGGCUUCACCGGUUCGUUUGAUGACAAAGAAGCCGCCCAAAAAUGGAUCAUAAAUACUGUCAACAGCGCAUCUAAUGUCUACGAGAAGUCCUUCAAUAUCUCCAUCGGCCUACGCAACCUAACCAUCACCGAAAAGGAUUGUCCAGAAACUCCUCCCGCUUCAGCAGAGUGGAACAUGCCGUGUUCCGAGGGGAAUAUCUCAUCUCGACUGGAUAAGUUUUCUAAGUGGCGUGGGCAGCAAAAAGAUACCAAUGCUUAUUGGACCCUGAUGAGCAACUGCCCCACAGGCAGCGAGGUUGGAUUGGCAUGGCUUGGGCAGUUGUGUAAUGCAGAUGUUGUAUCAGAUGCCGCGAACGCAGUCAGUGGUACCAACGUCGUUGUACGCUCUUCAGGUGGCGGAUGGCAGAUCUUUGCCCAUGAAUCGGGUCACACUUUCGGAGCGGUUCAUGAUUGUGAUACCCAGACAUGUGGGCAAAAUCUUGAGGCGUCAUCGCAGUGCUGUCCUUUGACUGCAUCGUCCUGUGAUGCAAGGGGGCAGUAUAUUAUGAACCCGACCACGGGCACAGAUAUCACAGAGUUUUCCAAGUGUACAAUCGGAAACAUUUGCUCGGCCCUGGGUCGCAACAGCGUCAAGUCCAGUUGCCUUUCCGACAACCGGGGGGUCACCACCUAUACUGGCCAUCAAUGUGGCAAUGGCAUUGUUGAGUCGGGGGAAGACUGCGACUGUGGCGGGGAAGAAUCCUGCGGAGACAAUAGCUGCUGUGAUGCCAAAACGUGCAAGUUCAAGAGCGGCGCGGUUUGCGAUGAUGCAAAUGACAGCUGCUGUUCAAAAUGUCAAUUCUCAUCUGCUGGAACUGUCUGUCGAGCCAGCCGUGGCGAAUGCGAUGAGGAAGAAACAUGCAGCGGCACUUCGAGUACUUGCCCUUCUGACUCCUUCAAGAAAGAUGGAACGAAAUGUGGUGAUUCCUCGGCCGGUCUAACUUGCGCCAGUGGACAGUGUACUAGUCGAGAUUACCAGUGUCGGUCCGUCAUGGGUAGUUUGCUGCAUAGCAACGAGACGUACGCUUGUUCUGCAUAUGGCUCGUCCUGUGAAGUGGUCUGCUCCUCUAACACAUUUGGUCAAUGCUACGGCGUCAACCAGAACUUCCUGGACGGCACCCCUUGUAGCGGUGGUGGUCAUUGCAAGAACGGAAAAUGCGACGGUUCUAGCGUCAAGGGCUGGAUUGACGAUCACAAGAACCUAGUCAUUGGCGUUGCGUGUGGUGUGGGGGGGCUAAUUGUGUUGUCAAUUCUGUGGUGCUUGAUCAACCGCUGUCGUCGGGCACGACCGACUGUAAAGCCCAUGCCACCACCUGCCGGUCCAUAUGGACCCUGGACUCGUCCUAUGCAGCAACCGAUCCCCAUGAAUCAGUGGCCCAAUGGGCCGCCGCGUGGAUAUCAGGGGCUUGCAGACCCUCCGCCGCCAUAUCCUCCCCCAGCAUAUGGUAACCAAGCACCGCGAUAUGCUUGAUUGGGUAUAUAUAUGUUAUAUAUACAUUUAAACUUCAUCUGACACGAAUUCUCAUGACGAAUCUGCGAACAUUGCAUCCUGGCGGCAUUCUUUCUUUCAGUUCUCUUUUGGAUCCGGCGUAAGUAUAGUAAUAUGUGGCGGCACCUGCAUGCCAUAGGGAAGACUUGGGUGAUAGGUCUUGUUUGCUUUAUACUAUUUUCCCAUCCCCUACCUCUCUCGGUAUUCAAUGGUCUUGGGCUUUGGUGUUCUUUCCUUUGCAUGUUUG